CUGAUGACUCAACAACAUUUGACCCUUUAGUAUAGUUCUUUACUAUUCCAGAAACACAGGUGCAGUAUGUGCGAGGCAUGGACAACGGAGAUGAAGGGCACGUAAGCUUUUGUUGGUGUUGCAUCUAACAACCUGGUGAGAGAAUUUGUAUCCGGGUUGGCUGAUUGUAAUCCUUUGUGUAUAUAUAAGCCUAUUAGUGAAAGGGUGUAACAGCGUGACCAAGAGAGAAGAAAAUGACACAGUUAUAAACUAAGCCCUGGAUCGUCUUCAGGGUACAACAAGACAAAGCUUGCAGAUAAGCACUACGGAAACAGCCAUUUCAGGGAAAUAUAAAACCCAACGGCACCGAAAACGACUUGAUGUGGAAACAUGGAAAUGGGUUUCUUGUUUUCCAAGGGCCAAGGCAAUUUCUUUGUGUGGUUCCCUCUAAGUUUGAAAGUGGGCUUAUUUCUAUAUAAUAACCCUGUGGUUAAUAUAAAUUGUCAAUACGACGCUUUCAACAAUUUAAGACCAGUCAGAGCUCUCUCUUCUAAUUUUUAAUUUGUAAAAAUAUAAUUCCUUCUAGUUAUAUAUACUUUGUUUUUGUUUAUUGAUCUUUCUUGUGUGGAAGUCUGCCUGCCUCUCAAGUCUCGAGUCAGAGCUUUAAACAAAACAUCAGCAAUGAAGAAAUUUGUGUUGAAAUUGGAUUUUCAUGAUGACAAAGGAAAGCAGAAGGCCAUGAAAGCAGUUUCUACCUUUCCAGGGAUUGAAUCCAUUGCGAUUGACUCGAAGGACGGUAAAUUAACAGUAAUUGGAGACGUUGACCCCAUCUGCGUUGUGCAAAAAUUGAGAAAAAACAAAUGGUUCUGUGAGAUUUUGACAGUGGGGCCAAAAGAGGAGAAGAAGCCAGAUGACAAGAAGAAGGAAGAAGAAAAGAAGAAAGCAGAGGAAAAGAAAAAGGAAGAAGAAAAGAAAAAAAUGGCUGAGCUUGCGAAAGCCUACCAAGCUUACAAUCCUUACAUGACGACACAUUACCAUGUGAUGAGUGCCGAAGAGAAUCCAAACGCUUGUGUUAUAUGUUGAGAUGAAGUUCGUAGGUGAACAGGUUUACAUAUUGCACAGUUGAUGGCUGGUGAAUUGUACUGGGAGAUUCAAUUUCAGAGUGACUAAUUUUCGCCUGAAGGUAUGAAUAUGGAUUAUUAUAUACUAUAGAGAGAAUAAAUGAAUUUGGAUUCAAAGGA